AUGUCUGCUGCCGUGCACUCGCACCGGCCCACGACGAAAGUCACCAACAAGCCGUUCAAAUCAAAGGCUGCGUCCAAGCAUGAGCUGAGGGAUCGCGCAAAAGGCCGAGUUCCCAACGAAAAAGGAUCGCGCAAGACUCCCCACCAGCAAGUCAUGUCCAAGUUCGACCGACGAAACCAGGCGAAGCAGACUCGUCUUAUCAAGCACAAGGAGCACCUGAAGGAGACUUCCAUCUUCUCCGGAAAGGAUGCAGCCCCCAGAAUCGUUGCGGUUAUUCCUCUGUGUGCUGAUGGCGACGCCAAGGCGGCUAUUCAGUCGCUCAACAGCAGCCUCGAUAUCGAAACCGACCUCAGCAGCAGCAACUUCCAGGUGCCGAUUGAUCGUUUCAAGCAGAAGCUGCAAUAUGUUGCCCUCGAGCGGGACCUCACUGCCUGCUUGGAUGCCGCCAGCGCCGCCGAUUUCGUCGUCCUUGUCCUCUCUGCCUCUGUUGAGGUUGACCAACUAGGAGAACUCAUUCUUCGAAGCGUCGAGAGCCAGGGCUUGACAACAUUGUUCACAAUGGUUCAGGGUCUCGAUAAGAUUGAGCCUGCGAAGCAGAGGCCUGGCAUCAUGGGCUCGCUCAAGUCCUUCAUUAUGCAUUUCCACCCCGAGCAGGAGAAACUUUACAGUGUCGAUAACAGACAGGACUGUGCCAACCUCAUGCGAUCUCUGUGCAGCACAACCCCCAAGGGCAUCAGGUGGAGAGAUGAGAGGAGCUGGAUGCUGGCCGAAGACAUCAAGUUUGCCUCAAACGACUCGGAAUCUACCGUCAUUACCGGAGUGGUUAGGGGUAAAGGCCUGAAGGCGGAUCGACUUAUUCAGGUUGGCGACUGGGGUACCUAUCAAAUUGAAAAGAUUGUUGCUGCUCCUCUUCCCAAACACAUCAAGAAGAAAGGUGAGGAGGUAGCAAUGCAGGCUGAGGAAGAUAAAGUCUUGGAGGAGCCUUCUGACGACCGUGAUGACUUGAACGACCUUGCUCCCGAAGACGUCAUGAUGGAUGCCGAAGAUGAUGCUGCCAUGUCAGUUGCGCCUUCAGAAAAGAAGGGUGUAUUGCUGGACGAGCACCACUACUUCUCCGAUGAAGAAGAUGAGGCGACAGCUGGUACCAAGAAGGUUCCCAAGGGAACCUCAAAAUACCAGUCAGCUUGGUACCUGGAUGAUGUGUCAGACUCAGGAUCUGACAUGGAAGAUAUGGAAAUGGAUGAUGAAAAUGAUGAAGAGGAGGAAGCGAGACCUGAAGACGGUAUGGAGGGUUUCGCCCAGCCCGAGCCUACGGAGGCUGGUCCUUCGGAGUACCCUCAAUCUGAGAUGAUGGAGCCGGAUGAGGAAGAAGAUGCUGCACAGCUGGAGCAGUUCCGAGCACGAAAGCGAGACGAGGUGGAGGACGACAAAGAGUUCCCCGAUGAGAUUGAACUUCACCCCAAUGUUUUGGCUAGAGAAAGAUUAGCCAGAUAUCGUGGUCUGAAGAGUCUCCGAACCAGCCCCUGGCAAGAGGACGAGGAUCGAGCACAUGAGCCGGAGGAAUGGCGUCGCCUUCUGCAAGUUCCCGACUACAACGCCUCGCGAUCAAGGGCUACACGUGAAGCUUUGGUUGGAGGAGUUCAGCCUGGUACCCGCGUGCACAUCUACAUCAAGGGCAUGCCUGCUACUGCGGCCAGCUCCUACAAGCCCAGCUCCCCAGUCACCCUUGUUUCCCUGCUGCGGCACGAGAACAAGAAGACUGCCGUCAACUACCUGAUCAACCUCAGCUCUGAUCAGACUUCUUCCAUCAAGUCCAAGGAGGAGCUGAUUGCCCAGUGUGGUGCUCGGCGCAUGGUUAUCAAGCCUCUCUUUUCACAGUCUGGCUCGACACCAAAUGAUGUACACAAGUAUUGCCGAUACCUCCACCCCGGCCAGUCGGCCAUCGCCACCUUUAUGGGACCAAUCACAUGGGGUGCUGUUCCAGUCCUGUUCUUCAAGCGAACAGCUCCUAGCGAAGGCGCUGAAGAAGACACCUCGGCUGGUGGCAUGUCAUUGAUUGCCACAGGCACAGCCCUCCCACCUUCGACGACCCGUGUUGUCGCCAAGCGUGUCAUCCUGGCAGGCCACCCAUACCACAUCCACAAGAAGAUCGUCACCAUCCGAUACAUGUUCUUCAACCGCGAGGACGUGGAGUGGUUCAAGGCGAUGCCGCUGUGGACCAAGCGUGGACGCAGUGGUUUCAUCAAGGAGCCUCUUGGAACUCACGGUUACUUCAAGGCGACGUUUGAUGGACGGAUUAACCCUCAAGAUUCUGUUGGCAUUAGUUUGUAUAAGAGAGUUUGGCCGAGACACGCCGUUCCUGCCACUGGAUCAUUGUUGGAGGCGGGCGCUAUUCAGGAGGUGCAGGGACACGAUGAAGAUACCAUGAUGGAGUGA